UGUUCUGAACAGGCAAUACAAACAAGUAUUCCAUUGUCAAGAUACAGAGAGCUCUGUGCCUGGCAGCAAUACUAAUAAAAUGUGCAAAUACUCAAGCCCAGACAAACUCCCCGAGGAGUCAAAUCUGUAACUCGGGAAACGGUGCUGUGCGACUCCAGCUCAAACACUUUCUGAGAGAUCGACUUCUACAGCUCUAAAAUAGCCGUAGUAGUGAAUAGUGACCGGGUUGAAGACUGCAGCAAUUACGAUAAUUCGGUUCAAGGUAUCACUUCUACCCAGGCGAAGUCAAACUAGGCUUCCGCCGAAAGGGGCCAGAGAAGUAUCUAAAGAAGUACUUUAGAAAUAUAAAAUCAUGUGGCAAAGUCCUUCAGAAGAUUUGACCAGAACAGGAGUUAAAUACUUCGCAAGACACAAAGGCGAGCUGAACUCAUGCGUGUUCUCUCCGGACUGCCAGAUUCUCCUCACCUGCUCGGACGACUGUCGGAUUUUCCUCUGGAAUGCCGCGACUGGACAGCUUCUGGCCAAAGUCACCGGACACACGGGUCCAGUGAAGUCAUGCGUCUUUUCUCCGGACUGCACGCUGUUUGCCAGCUCAUCCCAUGACCGCACGGUCAGAGUGUGGCACACGGCUACAACGCAGUGCCUGCGGGUCUUGACAGGUCACAGCAAGAGUGUGGAAACAGUCUGCUUCAGUCCUGAUGCCAAGUGGCUCUUGUCAGGAGGCUGGGACAAAACUGCUAUUCUGUGGGAUGUGCAGACUGGAGAAAUCGCCAGAAUAUUCUCAGGACACCAAGGGGCAAUUCAAACCAGCAUGUUCUCCCUGAAUUCUCAAUAUGUGGCCACAGGUUCGUGGGACUACACUGUCAAGGUGUGGAGUCUCCGCGCACAGGAGCGAGAGAAGACUCUGGAAGGACACCGGGGAAACGUGAGCUGUGUGUGUUUCUCUGUGUCAGGGAUGCUGGCGUCAGGGUCGUGGGACAGGACAGUACGGGUGUGGCACCCCAGGCUCGGGACACUGCUCUUCUUGCUGGAGGGCCACACAGGAUGGGUGAAGAACCUGGCCUUUUCCCGAGACGGGAUAGUCCUUGCAUCUUCGGGAGAUCACGACAGGGUCAGACUUUGGGACAUGUCUAAUGGGCGCUGUAUCAAAUCCCUCAAGGUGCACGCUGGUCUAGCUCACGGAUGCAGCUUUGCGCCCAGUGGGGCCCUACUGACCACAGGACCUGCAGAUUUCCUCCUGAAAGCUGGCAACGCCUCCGAGGAGCAGGAAGCAGAUCAAGCACAGCAGCCGUGAACAAAACGCCCCCUUUUAACACCAACAAUUCUGUAUUCCUCAUAGUCAAUGAUGGCAGCCAACGGCAGUCACGCAGGGCAUUCCUGUGGCUUGACGUAUGCCUUUUUGAAGAUCAACUCAUCUUGAAAGGUAUUCGGGUCAGCCAGAUUGCGCACUCCCAACAGCUCGAGAGGCUGCGACGAGAUCAACUGCGUGGCUUAACGUCUCAUGAUCACGUGCAAACAACCCGUGCUGCAUUCGUUUUGCCAGCACAGGAGUGUUCUUAUAGGAGGGACAGAAAAAUCACUCAAGACAAGUUCAGCCACCUGAAGUGAGUGCUCUAGGAAUAUGCAGCCAAGAUCCUAUAAACCAAGACUGGACAAUUCCUGUCCGUGCUGGUCUUAAUACCACAGACACUGCUCAUUUACUAAAAUCUAAGAAGGCAGUCAGACCUCUUACCCAGGUAAACAGCUCAAUUACAUAGAAUUAGACGUGAUGAAAACCAGGGGUCUUACUGCUGAACAAAAUGAAGCAUUUCAGCAAUCACUCAAAUCUGGAAGAACCCAUCUAACAGAAUUUUGUCAAGAGGCUACACGAGAGCGCAUUUUCUUAGAUUGAAGCUCACGGCAAGCGAAAAUGUUGGAAGUCGGAACCUCUGAGCAGUCCCAGUCUGCUAAAACCGAACAUCUGGAAGAGCCCCGUGUAAAACAUGGUGUUCCCGACGAGCAUAUUUUGCUGCUAUGGAAAAAAUGUUUUCCAUGAAGGCUGUUUUCAGUUUCGUCUCAACCAUGCACUUAAUGCGGAACAAAAAGAAACUGCAUUCGAAAAAGGGGGUUCUGGUUUCCUUUAGGUUUGAAUUUCUUUCAAGGUACAAGUAAUGCAUACCUAAGCGCAUUUUCAACCCAAGUCACCCUGUAGGACCACAUCUUUAUGUUCUCAUAAAAUACUUCCAACAAGCCUCAGCUCUCCAUCGCAUUGACAGGCUUGUCUGGGGUGAAAGAUGGCCACAGUACAUAGUCCUGCGUUUGACAUUCCCAUCAUUUUAUAUGGAGACGCCAAGGCCAGCUCAAAAUCGGCACUGCAAUUAGACCUGGAGUCUACAUUUCAGUUUCGCCAUGUCCCUAAAAUGUUUCCAAUCAGUCUUUGGAAGAUGAAUCUCACUACCAAGUAUCUUAAAUUUCUGAUCUUAAUUCAGCCAACGACUGAAAGAAAAGUGUCCAAAUAUUCAAGCUAUGUAAUGUCUUAUCCUUUGUUGAAGGUUAGCAGUUUAAUAAAAAAUACAAUGUCUCAUUUUAAGCGGUCUUUUCUCAAAUGUCACUGAAAGAUGACACAAAUAAAGGUUAAUUCACAGAAA